CUCCUGCAUCGUCUUGCGUCUCUUCACAUCUCACAUUAUCAUUUCUAACGUCGAAGAAACAGACAAUUCAGCAUAUCAACAGCAAUAGGAAGCGCGAAACGCAGCAUCGAAGACAUUGCAUAUCUGAAAGAGCAGGGCUCUAACACCCGCGUAGUCCAACAGUUCCCAUCCUAGGCGCAGGCGCCUACUGUGACUUACGCCUUUCGCAACAGCAACGUGGCUGCCGCGAGCCGCGCCUCGAUCUCGUCAACACGCCUUUGCGUCCUAUUCGAGCAUUGACGCGUUCCAGUUCGCACCACCAACUGCGAGCGCAAGAUGGUCUUCCAUUCUAGCCCUCGGUUGGAUGUGAACACCGAAGAUAUGUGUGCCAACGUCUGCUCCCCUUUCGCACUCGGCGAGUCGCCCAACCGUCCCAAACAAAGCCGUGUUCCUUCUUUCGAGCACGUAAUCAGCAAGCUACGUCCCAUCGUCGCAAAUCGCGUCCAUUCGUUCCACCUGCCCCACUACACCCAUGGUACUGGGAACAGCAGAAAUGUUCACCCUUUCACUACCGUGGAAUGGGAGGCAGAGGCGCCCACUCACUUGUCGACGGGCACAGGCGGCAAGGAAGAUGAUAUCUCGCCGCUUCGCAGCACGUUCUUCAUCGCUGACCGCAAGGUCCGCCGCGCGUCUGGAGGAGCGUCAAAGCAAAAAUUGGGCGCGAACUCUACUAGUGGCCGAGGGGGUAGUAGGAGGGCUAGCUUUGCGAUCCAUCAUGCCAUUUCGCCUGUUUCGGCCUAUUUUCUCGGCAGCAGCAAGCGCACCAUCCACCUAGAGAAGAUGGAAAGCGAAACUGAAGUUGUUUACAACAUUCGAGCGCCCGAGGUUGAGAUGAAGGGCUCUACAGACUCGGCCAUUAGGCAUUCCAAGACCAAGCUUGGUAUCACCUCCAGGCUACUCAAGCCAGCCAUGCAGUCAUGCCUCAAGAACUCUUAUCGUCUCUCGCUGCCGUUCACCCCGCACGAAGGAGGCCACAAUGGUAGUGCCUUGGAAAUACAAGCAGCUCCACUUCCUUAUCCAUCCCCUUCCAUCGUCUUCCCUUCGACGAAAGAAGCAGCCUCGAUUGCCCAGUACGCGCGCCAGUUGGCUUCUGAAGAGGAUAACCGUCGUGCUAGCGACCCGGACGUGCAGAGCGAAUUCGAGCGCGAGCUGUUCCACUGGGUCGACAAGGAACUACGCGCUGCCACGAGAAAUGUGGAGCACAUGGCAGAGAUGAAGGCGGGUUUUGAGGGCGGAUGUCACGAAUCGGACGAUGAGGGUGGCUACUGCACUGACUUGGAUGCCUCUCCGUGUCUUGGGUAUGAGCAAUACCGCAAGGGCGGCAGCAUCUACAGUCGCCAGUAUCGCAAGGCGAAGCAGAACCGGAAAACCGACAGCAGCAAAGAUCGAGCUAGAGGGCUUGGCAUAGGUGUCGGUUUUGGUGCUGGUGAUGAUGACAUGGUCGGCGCGGCACCCUUCAAGGAUGAGGUCGACAACGAUCGUCUAACAGUGCCCGUGCUCAAAGCGCCGCGCUUCUGUCUUCAUACAGAAAUUGUCCCGCGUGUCGGAUCGCCCUCUCAUGAGCUUUUGGAAGCCGAGCAAGAACAACUUGGAGAGCGACGCGAAGGCUCUCCAUCCAGCCGCAUUCCCUCCAAGGCUUCGACCAAACUACUAAAGAAGAGGCAAGAUAGCAUUAUUGUCCUUCCGGGAGAGGAUUUGCCAGAAGUCGCCUUCGCCGACAGGUCCAACUCGCAUGCUCAUUCCGGUACUACCGCCAGCAACCUUCGUCGGAUCACUACAGUCAGCGUUGGCCCUGCCACACCCUUCAAUUACAGCUUGCACGCGGAGCAACAGCUGCUGCAGCAUGCCGCCGGAAAGAAUGACUUGCAAACAAAGACAGCAAUCUUCGUGGACCCGCUGCAGAUGGCCUCAUCGCCGCUCCGCAGACUGCGCUCGCGUUCCGCACCUGAAGUCUCGAUAAGCCCGCAUCCAAUUACAGAAGGUGAAAUCGAAAUCCGCCCCCCUGGCUCGCCAACACCAUGCCUCCGCGCCUCCAGCGACAACAGCAGCCGCGAUGGUUCGGAAUCCCGUCCCGACUUGGCCACCCGCCGUCUCUCACGUUUCAGCAUACCCCGCCCGUCGUCGCUCGUGUUGCACGACUUGCCGGAACCGACAGCAUGGGCCACGGUGGAGAUCGAAGUCAACGGCGCGAGACUGCAUGGCCGCAACAUGGACGCACCGGCUGUUUGGGAUCCGCGAGUUGCAGGCAGCAAGGAGAUAAGACAAGAGAAACAGGACCAAGAGAGCGACAGAGAUGCAGAGAAAGGGGGCCUCAAGCUUCCGGACAGGAACGCGAGAAGGGUAAAGUCGAGCUUCAGCCAUUCAUCUAGCCGUGCCAAAACGAUUUCGGACUGCGGCAGCGCAGCAAUAGGCUUGGGUAUCGGCAACAUGGAAACUAUGUCACCUAUCCGUGGCUUAAACGCGCCGGAGUACGGCCGUCUCGCAUCAGAGGUCGGCGAGUCGGACCGCUACAGCAAGCACUCGUCGGCCGCGGCGUCCUCAAUGCAGGGGCUCAUUCCGCGUUACAACCUCGACGAGACGCUCCGCCGGGAGAUGCGCAAAAAAGGAACCAGCCGGGGAUCGUCCCCGUUGCGCCUUACAAGACAGCGGAAGCAGAUCAUUGAUUCCCCGAUAGAUGCGGUUGGAUCAUUGGCCUUACCCAAGGAGGUUGAUGCGACGUUGAUCGAAGCUCUAGCGAAGGCAGCUGCCACCGGCGAGUCGAUCAAACAGCGGAAAAAGUCCGAGCAAAUGACAGCCUGGGCUGUCUCCACUUUUGAAGCGACAGAGGGAGGCGCAGGAGAGAUUCACUCGAAGGCCCCCAGUCCUCAAUCUCUCGUGAGUGUCGCUUUCAACUCUGCUGCAUCGCCAAGCAUCUCGCGUAUCGCCACGCCGAUCUUCACCGUAGACGGUGUCGUACUGAAUGAGAGGCAGAUGUCUCAGCACAUCCUCGCUGCUGCACAUGCCGCAGCAGCAGCAACAGCCUCUGCAAUGGCCACUUCUACACCUCACGAGUACAAGCCGACUGCCCUGCGCGUGGCUACACCCGGAGUUGUACCUGCUAUGAAAGGACGCGUUCCGUUGUUCACAACGGCCGUUGCGAUGAACAGUUGCGCCAUCACAAGCGACAGUGGCGGAAGCGCAUACAUCCAGCCUGUGCAAGCAGUACCGACUGCGCAGCGUGAGCGGCGCAGCGCGGACUUCACUCGGCGCGAAUCACUGGUGGCACAACAUGUUGCUCGCAAAGUCGGCAAGAGCAAAAAGGCGGCGACGGCGCUUACAAAGCGUAGAGCUAGGGGUCCUUUUGAUAAUGAUUCUGAGGAGACGGACGAGGCAGAGCGCUCAGAGGGCAGCAAGCUGGAGGCAAGAAAGGAGACACUUGCGCAACUCACGGGCGAAUCGUCCUUCUCUUUUCACGAUUCAAAGGGAGGCGGUAACUUCUUCCUAACAUCACCGAAGCUGAAUGGCACGGGUGAAACGGCUCACGACAACGAGCAGUCCCCAGCCAUGCGCUCACCAUCGCUGCGCUGCAUCUCCGCCGUGCGUCUCGAGCAAAGGACGCCGUCACGCGCGGGUAGCACUCGCGGCCGAGGACGGGACCUGGCGACACAAGUGCGCGUGAAAGAGCUGCACAAGAACUCGCCGCUCGCACCUUUCCUCUCGCGCUUGGGCUCGCAUAUCAGCACCACCAGCAGCAGCAGCGGGCGAGACAUGCUUACACAGGGGUUAGGCAUGCAGCGCGGUGAUAGCGUCAGUAGCGUAGCCAGUAGCGCGGCAAUGGUCAGGGAGGACAGUGUGGCGAGCGCAGUGAGCGCUACGUCCAGCCCAAUGAUCCGCGAGAACAGCAUCAACUCGAUGGGCAGCUUUGCGGGAGUCAGGCCAGCGUUCGCGGCGCACAGGGAGGGCAGACGACAUCUCCGACGGCUCGCAGCAACGCACGGUGAGGAUAGCAGCAGUGGCAGCAGUGCAGAAGAGGAGGCUGAAGAAAGAGAAGAGAUACGAGACCCCGAUCCGAUUGCCAUGCGAAUGCCUUGGCAACCCGCGAUGGGGGAAACGGACGAUGACGUCUACGCGCUGCAAUCCAUCUCGAGCAAGGAAGGUAAUCUCGACAUGGGAAUGGGCCUGGGACUCGGGCGCAGUACGACGGACCUGCGCAUGGUAUCAACGACACCCCAAACUUCGCACGACUCGCCUCUGGCCAUCGUGUCGGACAGCCCGCUAGACCGGUUUACCGACGGCUUGCGCUCGGACUCGAGCCUCGCACCGCACCUGAUGAGUUCGACGCUGCUGACGCCGAGCGAUGUCCGACUGGGCGGACCCGGAUUCGAAGGAGUGGUCGCGGAGCAAGAGUUUGGAAGAGGUGUUGGGGGUACCCGAGACGGAAGGGACGAGUGGAUCCUCAGGAACGUGCGAGAAAGAGUCCAGACACCCCUUGACUUUUUUAGCUUCUAAUGAAGAUCAGCGCAUCACGUGUACAGUACAUCGUUGAAUUGAAAGUUCAGC